GACGCCACGCGCUCAGAAAAGGCGGGAAUCCCUGGCUUUGCGGUGAAUCAACGCGGCAUCACAUUCCCUGCGGGUCUGGCGCUCCUCCUCGCCUUCCACUUGCUUCCGGCGGAACCGAAUCGAAGAAUGUUGGAUUGGUAUAAAAGAUAAGGAGCUUUUCCCGCGGUCCACCAAAAGCUCGCCCGCGGAAAGAAAGAAGGCAGGGAGAAGAAAUAUGGCAGGCAAGCAGGAGGGGCGGUGGGAUGCUUGGGCGAUGGGCACGCCGGUGGCACCCCAAGCCCACCCGGCCAACCAGCAGGCUGCCACGUGGGUCCCCGUCGAUUACAUCCCCCUCCUCCCCCCUCCCCAUGGCCCCGCCCCCGCCCCCGCCCCCGCCCCCGCCAGCUACAUGAACUACUCCGUCCCUCCGUCCGCCUCAUCCGCCCACGUUGGUGAUGGUGUGGGCAACGGCGGCAAUCCUUAUGUGCAUGUCUCCCCCGUCCCGGGAUCCACCGGCAAGAGUCCGAUGGAGAUGAUCCUCAGAGUGUUGAACCGGUGCGGCAAGAAGCUGGAGGAGCACAGCAGGAAAGCAGGGGAUGCCGCCGGAAACGUCUGGCACUACCUUAAAACUGGUCCUAGCGUUACCGAUGCAGCCAUGGCUAGGCUUGCACAAGGAACAAAAGUGCUGGCAGAAGGUGGAUGUGACAAGGUUUUUCAGCAGACAUUUGGUAUUCUUCCAGGAGAACAACUAAAAAAAGCAUAUGCUUGUUAUCUUUCUACUUCAUCAGGCCCGGUGAUGGGAACCCUAUAUAUAUCCACAAGAAGGCUUGCUUUUUGCAGCGACAAACCUCUCUGCUACAAUGUCUCCCAAGUUCAGGAGGAGUGGAUCUAUUACCAGUUAUGGCCAAUACACUCCCUCCGUACACUGUUGGACAGCGACAAGCUCGACACACCCAACUUCGAUAGCUGGUAUCGAAAGUUGAAGAUCGUCUUGGAGCAUGAGAGGAUUCUAUACAUUUUUAUGGAUGAGGCAUCUGAAGAACCUGCUGCCAAUGCUCAUGCCGCGAGAGACACUUACAUGAA